AUGGGACUCUGUUCCAGUAAGACAAAAAAAGAACUUAUUAAAGAAGAUAAUAACAAUAACAAUUAAGUUGGGCAAGAAAAUAAUAGUUUUCAUGGGGGAUCAUUUGUAAACCAACUUCAAUAAAAAUCAUCGUUGGUUUAAACUCCAAUUUUCCAUCAGAAUACAGGAUCAAUAUAAUAACAAUCAAGUAAAGCCAUAUAAUAAGGGCCUGAAUUAUCAAUAAAAUAAGGGUUUUCAGAAAAUUUUCGGAUGAUAACUAAAAGUUUGGAUUAUAUAAUCGUAAAAUAAAUCAAUUCUGAUAAUUAAUAUAAGGCUUAUGUUUAUAAAAAGUAAUUUUAAGAUAGCGAGGAACUUAUUAAUAGAAUGAUUUCUAUGCCAUUGAAUCAUGAGUUUAUAAUAAAGCUUAUAGACAUAUAUGAUGAUGACUAAAAUUAUUAUGCCUUAUAUGAGCAUUAAGAAAUGAAAAAGUUCAGCGAAUAUUUAAAAAUGAAUAAACUAAGCGUAGAAAGUGCAGGUAUCAUAUUUAAUAAAAUGGUUGACAUUAUCGGAUAUCUACAUUCCGAAUCAUAUUGUCAUGGAGCAAUUCAUUUUGAUACUUUUAAUUGUGUAUAAGAUCGUUCUGAAAUCAAUUUAUUCUUAGUUCAAACAAAAAACAUAUACUUAAAAUUACCAACAAAAAUCACUUAAAAAAACGACGUAUAAGCAUUGGGAUUGAUUGGGUUCUAGUUAUUAACUGGACAUCCCUUUAGAAUUAUGCUGAGUAAAUCAUCAAAAUGGGAAAUCAAAAAGGAAUUAAAUGAAGAAUUUGAUUGCCAGAAAUUGCCAAAUAAGAUAUGUAAAUUAAUUAUGAAGAUGAUUGAUCCAAUACCAUUACAUCGUUUAUCUUUAUAGCAAGUCAAAGAGAUGAGUUGGAUAUAAAAUCUAGAUUCAAGAAAUACAAUUGGUAAUUCGUUUUAAAAAUUAAAAUGCAUAAAAUUUAAUUCAUUAACUUCUGUUUUGACUUAUUUUAUAAUUGAAAGAUUUCUCUAUAAUGAAAAACUGAAACUAACUGAUUUAUUUAGUAAAUAUGAUCUCGAUGCCGAUGGAAAAAUUGAUAUGGUUGAGUUUUUCCAAUUAUUUUCAAUUGCUACAUAAAAUUAUAAAUAUAAAAAGAACAGCGAUAAAAUUUAUGAAGUUUUAGAUGAGGAUGAUAAAUCAAAAAUUAGCUUAUAAUAAUUUUUAAUAGUUGCCAUCGAUUUAGAAUAACUAUUAAAUGAAAAUGUUAUUUCAUAAUCUUAUAUGUAAUUAUCAAAUAAAAAUGGCUAUAUAACUGUUAAAAGUAUUACUAAAAAAAUUGAUAUCGAAGAAUAGCAAUUAUUAGAAAUGUUUUCUGAAGUAACCGAUUUCGAUAGAUUGAACUUCCUUGAGUAUAAGCAAUUAUUGUAAGAUUAUUAAUGA